CACAAGAUCCAGGGAAUAUUAGGGAAGGUUAUUAUCUUGAAACUGAGAGGAUCGGUGAAGAUAUACCACCACUUCCAUCUCAAAAUGGCAUAAAUAACCUAUAUGCUAAUAUAAGUAUGUCCUUGAAACAAAUUGUUGGUGCUGGUACAGCAGCUGGUGUAUUUUUCGUAUUAUUAUGGCCAACGGGAAGGAUCCUUGUCGGAACACUUGGCGGUUUUUCACUAGCGAUGAUCUUAUUAUCAACCAGAACAGAUGGUUUAAUCUCUAAUCAAAUAGGGAGAUGGAUAUUUCUUGGAACUUGCUCAACUGUAAUGUCUAUAGCUGCUGGAUUUCAGAAAAUUUAUCAGUACGUUGCAAUUAUUUCAACGGUUUCCUCCGGAUGUUAUUGUCUAAUACUUGGUUUAGACAUUUUUGCACGUGCUGGAAUAUUAGCUUCUUUCAAAACUUUUUGGGGGUUUACACAACCCGAUGAUUAUCGAUAUAUAGUAGAUAUGCACGUGGCAAUAAUACUAUUAACGAUUGGGAUAAUUGGUGGAAUGUUUGGUAUUGGCAUACAAUUAUUGGAACUAUGGAUAAGACAAAAAAAUGAUCGGUCAAAAAUCGAGGUAGAUGAUGAGAAAGAGAGAGAAAGUCUUGAUUCAAUAAAAUUUAGGUCAAUAAGAAAAAAAUUAUCAAAAGCAUUUAAUAAUCCAUUUAAACGACAUUGA